UCAGACAUUGGAUCGUCUGGCUCGACAGCGGGCAUCGGGUCACCAGGCAUCAGCGGGCACCGGCCAUCUGGCGUUGGAUCGUCUGGCUCGACAGCGGGCAUCGGGUCACCAGGCAUGACAGCGGGCACUGGUUCAUCAGGCAUUGGGCUGCUCGACAGCAGGCAUCGGGUCACCAGGCAUGACAUCUGGCAUCAGGCAUUGGAUCGUCUGGCUCGACAGCGGGCAUCGGGUCACCAGGCAUGACAGCGGGCACUGGUUCAUCAGGCAUUGGAUCGUCUGGCUCGACAGCAGGCAUCGGGUCACCAGGUAUGACCGCGGGCACUGGAUCAUCAGGCAUUGGAUCGUCUGCUCG